AUGGACUUUAAAUCGAUCCUUGAUUCCCUCGAUUCUACAAUAGACGAUGACAAAUUCUACGAUAACUUAUAUGGUAUUCUGGGAUGUGUUCCAUCUAGCACUUCGGAUCAGAUUUCUACAGAAUAUAAAAAGCUGGUUUUAGGUUGUCAUCCUGAUAAAUUUCAGAGCCCUGAAGACAAGAAAGAAGGUUUGCCUAUUUAUAUCUUUCUUGUGCAUUUCACCUCCGCACGUCUUUCUGCUCACAAAUCUCCCGACAUAUUCACUCCUGCGCAAAAAGCUGAAACAAAAUUCCACCAGCUCACGACAGCCUACAGAAUUCUCUGUGACCAAACCGAACGAACACAAUAUGAUCGAUGGUUGACUGGAUCGAUCAGAAUUCCAUACAAGACGUGGAGGGAGAUAGUUGUUAAAAAAGGACAUGCCGUUCACUGGAAACAACCGAAACAACAACUUCAAAUUACCACUCAAAAUUCUUCACCUAACACCACUACCACAAUUGGAUCAUCCAGUACUGCGACUAUACCACUUUACGGAAAAGGAAAUAAUCAGGAUGAAUU